AUGGAGAGAGGUGGGGUUAUUUCUUGCCGACAAAGAAACAACUUCUCACAGGGAAGGUUCCAGUUUCGCUUGCUUCCACAUGGAAAUGCUGUGCCCAAUCCCAUAAAAAUGGUCAGCAGCUAUAAUGAUGGUGGUGCAUACUAUAUGAGCUACACUUAUGAUUCUGCCAAUUAUUCAAAUUCUGGUUACAGAGUGAUCUUCCAUGACUCUGGUUACCUAUACAUAGAAAGGAGUAGAGAAAGAUUCUACAUUACAAGAGAGAAUGAGAUAGCCCCAUCUACAAGCUACUAUCACAAAGCAACUCUUAAUUUUGAUGGCGUUUUCACCAUUAGUCAGCACCCGAAGAAUCCCACCGCCAACGAUAGCUGGACUGUAAUUCGAAGCAUACCAGAUAAUAUUUGCCUCGAUUUACUAGAUCAAGUGGGUAGCGGGCCUUGUGGGAAUAACAGUAUCUGCUCACUCGGGGAUGAUCGAAGGCCGAGUUGUAAAUGCCCACCAGGGUUUUCUUUGACUGAAAAUGAUCAGUACGGCAGCUGCAAACCUGAUUUCAUACAAGUCUGUGAAGAAGAUGGGAAAAUUCCACAAGAAGCUUUAUACAAACUAGUGGAGCUACAAAACACUGAUUGGCCUUGCAAUGAAUUCGAUUCGUUAAAGCUUUGUGAUGUAGAGACCUGCAAAGCAUCUUGCUUGCAGGAUUGCCAUUGCGUUGCAGCUGCAUAUAAAGUCAACUACUGUUGGAAGAAAAGGCUACCGCUCACGAAUGGGAGACACAAUAGGAAAACCAAGGGGACUACUUUCCUUAAGGUAAGAAAAAACAAUACCAUUUGGCAAAACUAUUGGUGGCGUCAGGUUCCGGAGGCAAUUAAAGACCAAAACACUCUGAUUAUUGUGGUAUCAGUCCUACUAGAAAGGAAUUUGCGCCAAUUUACCUACAAAGAGAUGAUGGAGGCUACAAAUGGGUUCAAGGAAGAACUAGGAAGAGGUUCCUACGGUAUUGUUUAUAGAGGGGAAGUAGAAAAAGGUGCUAUUGCUGUCAAGAGGUUAGACAGUGUUUGA